AUGAUGAUGGAGCUAAGUGACAGAAUGGAGAAUGUGUCGAGGGACUAUCUCGGCCUGGUUGACAAGGUCAAUGAUAAACUAAGGACACUCAGGGCUGACCUGAUUUCCAUGCGUCGACAAGACGUCAAGUUGCUGAAACAGCUCGUGAACAUCAAUGACGUAAUCCAGGCAAUGUAUCAACGUGCCAAGGAAAUUCGAAGUGAUGAGGACGAGGACACUGAUGAGCUCGAAAACAUGCGAACGACAGAUGUUUGGCGGGAAUCGAGCAGACGAACACCUCUGGUACGUCAACAAAGUGUGCCUUACUACUGCGGAGCACCAAGACCAGUCACCACUACCAGUAUAGGAGAUAGCAUGGAAGGGUUGGACGAGAUCGAGGGAGAAGAUGACCCGUCCCGUCUAACUGAUGACGUCACUGAUGACGCAGAUAGUUUGUUCUCCAGUACAGGAACGAUACCAGUUCCUGUUUUUCACAGACAUUACAUCCGACAGAGAGCUAUCUCCUGUGAAACGACAUCAGACGAGCAUAAUUCGUUAGACGACAGUCAUUUUGAAAAUAUGUUAAUGAAAAAUAUUCAGCUGUGGAAAUUUUCGCUACACAAGGAUUCUGAUAAAGAAGGGAGCGUUUCACAAGUUAGAUAACAACAACCGCUAUCAUCAUUUAUUGUGCAUAAAUUAUUAUCGCUGUAUAUUUUUCUAUUCAUAUGUAUUUCGAUAUUUAAAAUAAAAGUCCAACAUAGCUUCAAGUUGCUGCAGCUGAGCUGUUG